CUCCCGGGGCACCUGACAGCAGAGUCACAGGGGUCCACUAGCCCCGCCCCUCUGGAUCUACUACCGGUUGUCGUGGAUGUGAUGAAACCAGCUCUUCAACCCCCAACUCCACUGGACCUCCUUAUGUGCUUAUUUUGAAGCGCUGGGUGCCCGCAGAGUCACCCCACCUGCACCGUGUUGUUGAGCGGAUCCGUCUUUAAAUGGCCACCGCCGCCCCCCCUCCAGCCUCCGGCUCUGCUGCGGCCACCGACAACGCACCAAGUCCCGGAUCCAGCAGCUCCACUACUGCCGACAGCGGCAACCAGGACAGCACCUUUGAGUGUAAUAUAUGUCUGGACACCGCCAAGGAUGCAGUGAUCAGCCUGUGUGGACACCUUUUCUGCUGGCCCUGUUUGCAUCAGUGGUUGGAGACCAGACCCAACAGACAAGUGUGUCCAGUGUGUAAAGCUGGCAUCAGCCGAGACAAGGUUAUCCCCUUAUACGGACGGGGAAGCACAGGUCAACAAGACCCCAGAGAAAGAACACCCCCUCGACCCCAAGGGCAAAGACCUGAGCCGGAAAACCGUGGUGGUUUUCAAGGCUUUGGAUUCGGAGAUGGGGGUUUCCAGAUGUCAUUUGGAAUCGGUGCCUUUCCCUUUGGUAUUUUUGCUACAGCUUUUAACAUCAACGAUGGAAGACCUCCUCCAGCGGCCCCUGGGACACCACAGCACAUGGAUGAACAGUUUCUGUCGCGACUCUUCCUGUUUGUCGCUCUGGUGAUCAUGUUUUGGCUGCUGAUUGCAUAAAUGCACGUAGGGUUCGCACCAACGUGAUUCUGCCUUCAUACAUUUUUUUGUUUGUUUUUUUUCCUCUGGUUGACACAAAGACGUCAGAUUUGAAAGAAGCAGGGUUUUUGUCAUGAUAGUCCACAGAUUAACACGCAGCUUUCACUUUCAAGGUGAACCUAUAUUUGUCUAAUGUUUUAACUCUGUUGCUUCACGUGCUCGCAAAGGAGAACACCAAAUAUCAUCCAUAUGUUUCAAACAUCUAACAGCUUCAGACUUCAUGCUGCAUAUACGACCUUUUCCCUCGAAUAUCUACAUCAUCCAUUCUGAUUGAUUCGGACAGGAUUCGCUGCUGUGGUAAAAAUGCUAAUUUUUCCAUUCACUGGAGUGUAGGCUGCAGGGGUGUCCACCAAAAACACAGUGACAACAUGUGGUGGGAGAAGUUGAGCUGGAAAAAUGCAGCCUGGCGUUACACUGCAGCCACCAAUCAGACUUUCAGAUUGGUCAAACCUCCACAGUCAGCAUGAAAUGUCACUUUAAUUGAGGCUAACCAGGUGGAUUCAUGGAGUAAACACUGAUUCUCUACCUGUUGUGUUCUGGAUUUGUUUAUUUGAUGAGUCUGACUCGCAGUUUACGCUGCAAAAAAGAGAGAGGAAGAAGUUUAAUUUGGUUUGUGUCUGACCGUUGGAGAAAGAGAGAGACAGUGAAUGAGAGUGAGGGAGCACAGUCAUUGAUAAAGCCGGUCAGUCGGAGAAAUAAAGUUAUUUCCUGAUUGUUUCACAGCAGUUACGUUCAGCACCUCUGCAGUGAUUCACCGCAGUGCCUGAUCUUGCCUGAAUUUACCCUAACACAGUUGUUUAGUGUGUUUGCAAACUCCAAAAUUCAUUCAUAGAUUUCUUCCAUGCUGAGUGUGCAACCUAUAUAUAUACUCUGCUUAACAAAAUAAGACCACCAGAGCUCUCCGUAACUUCAGUCACACAUCCAAUCCCAUAUAUUUUUAUAUGGCCGUUUCCUUUCAGCCUAUAGUUCAUGUUACAGUAUCUGAUAAACUUUGGGGUAGCUUUUAUUGAAGAUGACUUGCCCUAGUCUUACUGAGUGAUCAUAUUAGGAAAAGCACAGGUGGAACUAAUAACAUUAACAAUGACUCCCAUAACCAAAAAUCAUACAAGUUUUGUGGACUCAAAACAAUGUUGGACAUUGUCUCUUUUAUUUUAGAUGAGAUGAAAAAGAAACGUGUUGAUGCAUCUAAGCAGUUGAAAGAUUAAUUUAUCAAACAGUGUUCUGUACUGUAAUUAAAUGUAAAAUACUGUAGAUUAUUACACAGUUAAAAUGAAGAUUGGUUGCUUUGAAACAUGAAACCACUUUUCUAAAUGUGAAUUCACUCUAUGAAAAGUUAAAAUAUGUAAAUAAAAGAUGUUAAUCCGA